AAUACUUAACUGUCAGUGGCGUCUACUAGCUAGCGUGUGGCUAACCUAUCUUGCUAUCCAGCUAACAUUACUGUUAUUGCGAGGGGGAUUGUGGUAUGUUCUCUUGGGUUGUUUCUGUGACAUUAUUUCGCCACAAUCGACAUCAAGGAAUUAAGCAUGUAUGAAUUAUUGCUCUCGUUGUGCAGCAAUUCCAAGCAAUAUACAUGGUAUUAUUGAUGCAUGCACUGGAAAUUCGAGGAUGCAAUUAUUUACAUAAAGCAAUCGGUGUUUUGAUAAUACAACCGUCGUGUGCAAUGUUGUCAUCCUUUGUGUAUAAACUGUUCACAUUGCACUACAUUGGCAAGUCAUGCAAAGUGUCAUUUUUAGCUUGAGCUGUAGGCAACGGUUGCUCUGUGAUUGUAAGCAGAUUUAGUGUGUCACCUUUCUGCAGCUUCUGUAUGAUGCAGGUCAAUCACGCACCUGUCAUUUUGAGUCAUCCAAUAAUGUGUUUUUGAAUGGAGUUUACCAUGCUAACAAUAUACGUUUACUUGCUGGUGCCCAGUUGUGAUAUAUGUGAUCAUAAACAGGCUCAUCUUGCAUGGAGAUGCACAUAAGGGGAAUCAUAGUGAUGUCACCAAACACAUGCAUUUUACUGAUAGUAAUAACUGCCCACCAUAUCAGAAACAUCAUCAGGGAGUUAUUAAUUAAUAACAAAUCGAACGGACUCAGCCUUUCAAACCCUUGCCAUUGCUCACGGCAUUAUACCAUUGAGAGAGAGCCAUCAGUGACCACCACUGUGCAAUCAGGAUGUCUCGCAGCCCUGAUGUGAAGGAGGACCCCAUGGAGUGCCCCCUGUGCAUGGAGCCGCUGGAGAUAGACGAUGUCAACUUCUUCCCCUGCACCUGCGGCUACCAGAUCUGCCGCUUCUGCUGGCACCGCAUCCGCACAGACGAGAACGGCCUCUGUCCUGCUUGCAGAAAGCCCUACCCAGAGGACCCGGCGGUCUACAAGCCCCUCUCACAGGAGGAGAUCCAGAGGAUAAAGAACGAGAAGAAGCAGAAGCAGAACGAGAAGAAGCAGAAGGUGACGGAGAACCGCAAGCACCUGGCCAGCGUGCGCGUGGUCCAGAGGAACCUGGUCUUCGUGGUCGGCCUCUCACAAAGACUCGCAGACCCGGAGGUUCUCAAAAGACCAGAGUACUUUGGGAAGUUCGGAAAAAUCCAUAAAGUGGUCAUCAACAACAGCACAUCAUAUGCAGGUUCACAGGGUCCGAGUGCCAGUGCGUAUGUCACCUACCUCCGCUCAGAGGAUGCCCUGAGAGCAAUACAGUGCGUUAACAAUGUGGUUGUGGACGGUAGGACUUUAAAGGCUUCCUUAGGUACAACAAAAUACUGCAGUUAUUUCCUCAAGAGUAUGCAGUGUCCCAAACCAGACUGUAUGUAUUUACAUGAACUGGGGGAUGAAGCAGCUAGUUUUACAAAAGAAGAAAUGCAGGCAGGGAAGCAUCAAGAAUAUGAACAAAAAUUACUCCAAGACCUAUAUAAAAUGAAUCCUACUUUCCUACAACCGUCAACAUGUGGCAGUGAAAAGACGAAAGGAAAAUCCAGCACCUCCCAAAGACCUGGUAGCACCAAUAAAGACGGCUGGCCACUGCUGCAAGGCUGUGGCAAAGCGGUCAACGGCUUACCCUCAGAGCACCGCAAGACGCCCCCUGUGCUAGAUUGCGGCUCCGACUCGGAUCACAUGACCCCGGACGGGCCAGAUGCAGAGGAGCUGUGUCCAGACACGGGCGCCGACAUCUUGCCUUUCCCCUCAGCACUAGGCCCCUCCAGUCCACUUGACAAACCUCCAGAGCCCAGUAUCAUAGAGAACGGAGACAUUAUGCCACAGCUCCCCAACAGUGACUCUCCCUCCCCUCCGCCCGGCCUCACCAAGCCCAGCCUGGUGGUGCCCAUCAGCGUCUCGGACCUGACGGCGCGCUCGCCCUUCGAGGGGGCGGCGGCAGAGUCACGCUCGCUCUUCUCAGACAACAGCAACUUCCGGCACCCCAACCCCCUGCCCAGCAGCCUGCCCUCGGGGCCCUGCUCCCCACAGGGGGGCGCCGACUGGCCCAUGACCCCCGAGCCACACAGUCUCUUCGCCUCAGACACCAUCCCGGUAUCGUCAUCAACAGACUGGCAGGCGGCGUUUGGCUUCGGCUCGUCGGCCAAGCAGCAGCAGCAGGACGACGACCUGGGCUUCGACCCCUUCGACGUGACGCGCAAGGCCCUGGCCGACCUCAUCGAGAAGGAGCUGUCGGUGCAGGAGCCGCCCUCCUCCCUCUCCCUCUCCCUCUCCUCCCCCUCUUCCCUCUCCCUCUCCUCCUCCUCCUCCCUCCUCUCCUCCUCCUCCGCACUCUCCCCCGGCGCCCUCCACAACCACGCACACCACGCCCACCUCUACCGCUCCAGCCUGGCCCAGAGGUUCGGCCUGCUGAACCACCACCAGCAGCGCGCGCCCCUCAACGGCCACCUGGGCCCCAUGCCCCCCCUCCAGAGUCCCGCUGCCCGCCAUCCCUGGAUAGGGGCCGGGCCGGCGGCCGCUGUGGCAGCAUCCUCCUCCUCCACACGCAAUAACCUGGCGCACUUGAACCACACAGCGGCCGCCGCGGCUGCAAUGCACAGCAGCUUCUUGGACUUGAACUUGCCCAUGCAGGAUCACCACCCACACCACCACCCCCACAGUACCGGCCUGGGAGGCAUACCCAUAUCAGUGGACAACAAUGGCUCUAUAGAGAGUCUGAACGUGAAAGAGUGGCAGGACGGGUUGCGGGCGCUCCUACCAAAUAUCAACAUCAACUUCGGGGGUCUCCCCAACUCUACCUCCUCCUCCUCCUCAUCGUCGUCCUCCUCCAGCGUCAACCACAUCGGGGGGCCCGGUGGUCCUUCGGGUCCCGUGGGGAUCUCGCACAGCCUCAGCUGGGACGCCACGGCCAGCUGGAUGGACCCCGCCAUCAUCACAGGUAUCCCGGCGACCGCAGGCAACAGUCUGGACUGUCUCCAGGACGACAAUCCCCCCCACUGGCUCAAGUCGCUGCAGACCCUGACAGAGAUGGACGCCCCUGUGGGCUCCGCUUCUUCCUCCUCCUCCUCCUCCUCCACUACAACCACCGCCGCCGCCCCGCCUCCCCUCCAACAGCAGCCCCCCCAGCAGCAGCCCAACCACCACGGCAGCCUGCUGGAGGCACACCACCUCUCCUCCCUGCACAGAGCCGGCUGGGCACCCUAUCUCCCCCCGCUCCCACUCCAGCCCACCAGCGCCCCCACACCCAGCAGCCACUUCCACUCGCCCCCGCCCGGCUUCCAGACCGCCUUCAGACCCCCCGCCCAGACAGCCGCCGCAGACCUGCUACAGAGCGCCGCCAUGGAUCGCCACUAGGGCGGCGACAUAACCCCGUCACAGAAUACCCACCGCCACCAACAACACAUAAGAACGCAUUACAACCAACCGACUCCAUAAACAUACAGACAUGCAUACCUUACCGACGUACGUACAUACACACACUGAUGACAUGCGGACACAAACAUGCAACUAGCACCACAGUACAACACCGACUGACCGACCCACCUACCGUUCAACCAUGAGAACUCAAGGCCAAACUUGUAACACUGAAUAACAAAGAUCGAUGAUUAUCUGAUUAUUUUUUUCUUUCUCUGGCAUCAAUUUACCCCUCAUCCCUUCACCCCCUCCCUCAGACGGCCUUGUUUGCAGAUUUUUCUUUUCUUAAUUUGUUUUUUUUUUCCAUCUAGUGUUUUGUUUGGUGAGUAUUAUCAGUCAGCCAGCCAGCCAGCCAGUCAUCGAUGUAAGGCUCUGUGGUACAUAAUGCUAACAUAAUCACCACAUCAAACAGUACCCAGUAAACACAGUUAACAUGGCCUUAACACGCAGGCUGUUCCCUCAGACUUGGCCCAUAGAGAGUUAAGGGAAAAUAGCUGAGCAUCACCACACCUCUCUAGGGCCUGAUCACCACCAUCAUACCUCUUAGGUUUGCUAGCUAGGCAAGUAAGAAAUUCGUAUACUUUAGUGUGCACAGAUGUCGGUAAGGAAUAAAACCAACAGAUAGAACUGUGUAGUAGCUGAGUGAAUGGAUGGGUGGGUGUGGGCUUGAAAUACUCACUGACGCUCACCUUACUGCUUACCUCCAUACUGUGAAUCGUCCUAACCUGCUGUGCUGUGGACAGAACCAGUCCACCCUCCUUGUUGGGUUGAAGAGGUUAAAGCAAUCAGAUUAUGCAGACUAGGCUAGAGUGACCCAGCGAAGGGUGUUGUAGAACCUGGGCUAUGCACUUCCAAAGGUACUUGAGGCCGAAUCAGUAGAGCCAGCCUGUUGUAGCUUCCAAGAUUAUGAUGGUCAUAGUGAGGAUGAUGAAUGACCCCCUGGAGAUUCAAGGUUAUUGAAGGUCAGUGCAAUGUGAAGGCUAGGUCAUGUGCCUACUGUCACAGUCAGGGAUAUAGUGGGCUGAGCACCUCACUGAGGGCUGGUGGGAAGCCUGGUCUCUGCAUCAGAGGGAGGUGAGGUGCUGGCCAAUAUGUGACGUGAGGGGUAAGGGGCACGUUGUGUGUGUCCCAUCUCACUUCCCCUCUCAUCAGAGUUAAAAAAAAAAAAAACAGUGCAUGUAUAUGACCUGGUCUUGGGGUGUCUGAGGCUUCAGAGGGCCACCAUGUGGUAACAUGUGAAAUUGCUGGCCUUGCGAGCAACACAGAAAGACGAGCAAACAAAUGAAUACAAAGAAAAAAAUGAAAAUGCUGCUUUGUGUGAGCCUAGAGCCAUUGAGAGACGUGGCUGCAUGCGUGGUGUGUGUCUGUUAUGUUUGGCUCCAAGCAGCGCUGCAAAGGCCUUAACUCUGAAUGCGUGUCAGUAGAGAACAGGAGAAGACGUCGUGUGCAAGAUGCCUGCGUGACCCAAAAAUAACCUGACUGAAAUUCAUUUUCUAAAAAUCUCUUGUUUGAAAGAGAGGAGGAAAAAGUGAUCUAACCUGUAUUGCAAGAGAUUUUCACUGAUGCAAGACCGCAACAAAAAUGGCCGAUCUGGGGGAGGAUUCAGAACCCACCCACCCCCCUACCUCUCUUUCCUCCUCAUCCUCCUUUUCUUUCUUCUCCUUCACUGUCUUAUUUUUCCCUUUUAACCGUCUCUUUAUCUCUCUAUUCUAUUCUCAUCAAGUCUGGCCGGACUAAUCAGUGUUCACCAGAACGAUCCGUGAAGGCUGCUGCUGGGAGGAAUAAACCAGCCGGCCCGCAACCAACCUUGAGUUUGAAAAGCUGCUGAGAAUCACAUCUAACACAAAAAAGAAGCGAAAAGAGCUUAAAAAGAACUGACCCCUUUUCUGAUGGUCUUGAAAAAGAAACAGAAUAUUAAAAUAAAACAAAAGAACUCUGAACCAGA